CCCCCCCCCAGCAGCAUAAACUGGUUUCUACGUCACUUUCCGGAAGUGAAACUGAAACUGAUCCAGAGCUGCAGUCGAGACCAACUUGUGUGUUUCUGUCUGAAGGAGAAUUAAACAGAGUUGAUCUUGUCUUCUCCAACAACUGACUCAGAUAUCGAGUUCAGACAUGUCUGCUGGCAGCAGCCGGAGAUCUGAGGAUCCGUUUCUGUGCUCCAUCUGUCUGGAUGUGUUCACUGAUCCAGUCAGCACAUCAUGUGGACACAACUUCUGUAAGACCUGCAUCACCACACACUGGGAUGGGGACAGGAGCUGCCAGUGUCCCGUCUGUAAAAAGGUGUUCAAGACCAGACCUGAACUGGAAGUCAACACCUUCAUCAGAGAGAUGGUUGAUCAGUUCAGACACGAAGCUGAACAGAAAACCAGCAGCAGCUCAGAGCAACAAGCUGCCCAACCAGGAGAAGUUCCCUGUGACGUCUGCACUGGAACCAGACUGAAGGCCCUGAAGUCCUGCCUGGUGUGUCUGCUCUCCUACUGUGAGACUCACCUGGAGCCUCACCUGACAGCUUCAUAUGUGAAAAGACAUCAGCUGGUGGAUCCUGUGGAGAACCUGGAGGACAGGAUGUGUCAGAAGCACGAUAAACCUCUGGAGCUGUUCUGUAGAACCGACCAGACGUGUGUCUGCUUGGUCUGUCCUGUUUUAGACCACCAGACUCAUGAGUUUGUUCCUCUGAGAGAAGAAUGUGAAGGAAAGAAGGCAGAGCUGGAGAAGAUAGAGGCUGAAGUUCAGCAGAUGAUCCAGAACAGACGACUGAAGAUUCAGGAGAUCAAAGAGUCGCUGAAGAUCAGUAAAGAUGCUGCAGACAGACAGAAAGCAGAAGGUGUUCAGGUCUUCACUGAUCUGAAGGAGUCUGUUGAGAGAAGCCUGAAGGAGCUCAUAAAGGAGAUCGAAGACAAUCAGAAAACUACAGAGAAACGGGCUGAAGGCUUCAUCAAAGAUCUGGAACAGGAGAUCUCUGAGCUGAUGAAGAGGAGCUCUGAAGUGAAGCAGCUUUCAUGCUCUGAAGACCACCUCCACCUCCUCCAGAGCUUCAGCUCCCUGAAAGCUGCUCCACCCACCAAGGACUGGACAGAGGUCAGAGUUCAUCCUCCAUCAUAUGAGGGGACUGUGGUGAGAGCUGUGGAGCAGCUGGAGGAGAAACUCAGGAAGAAGAUGAAGAACCUGAUGGAGGCUGAGCUGAAGAGGAUCCAGAAGUCUGCAGUAGAUGUGACUCUUGAUCCUGAUACGGCAAACCCUCACCUCAUCCUGUCUGCUGAUGGAAAACAAGUUUACUGUGGUGAUGGUGGUGGUCGUGAUGAUGAUGAUGAUGAUGACAAUGAUCAUGAUGAUUAUGAUGAUCAUGAUGGUUAUGAUGAUGAUUAUUAUUAUGGUGAUUAUGAUGAUUAUGAUGAUGAUAACUGCCCAGAGAGAUUUUCUCCAUGUGCGAGUGUUUUAGGGAAACAGAGUUUCUCUUCAGGCAGAUUUUACUUUGAGGUUCAGGUUAAAGGAAAAACUGACUGGGAUUUAGGAGUGGCCAGAAGGUCCAUCAACAGGAAGGGAGAAGUCACACUGAGUCCUCUAAAUGGUUUGUGGAUUGUUUGUUUGGAAAAUGGAAAUCAGUACAAAGCUUAUGCUGAUCCUUCAGUAGAUCUCCAUGUUGAUUCUGGUCCUGAGAAGGUGGGGGUGUUUGUGGAUUAUGAGGAGGGUCUGGUCUCCUUUUAUGAUGUAGGAGCUGCAGCUCUGAUCUACUCCUUUACUGGCUGCUGCUUCUCUGAUAAACUCCACCCGUACUUCUAUCCUGGUCUUAAUGCUGGAGGUAAAAACUCAGCUCCUCUGAUCAUCUGUCCUGUUGAUCCAUCAGUCUAAUCUUUUCUCUCAUGAAGCUCCGUGAACAAAAAGUCUGUUUGUUAAAAGUUCUGAUCUGAGUGACUCUGUAGUUGAAGUCCUGCUGGUGGAGAGAUGAGCUUGGAGACGUCCUCAGAAACAAGUCCACAUUUUUCUCUUAUAUAUGAAACAGAAUCACGACUUUAUGAUGUUUUCAGUUCUUUUGAUCUUUAAACAUGAAAAAUUGAACAGUGAAAUAAUUACAGGAGAUAGGCUAUCAAUUAUUCACAUCAACAGUAGAAGUUUGUUUGGUAAAUUACAAAUAAUACAAGAUUAUUUCAGUAAACUCGAAAAUAAAUUAAGUGUGAUUGCAAUAACAGAGACAUGGCUCAAGAAUGACAUGAUGGAUGAAGUUCAGAUAGAGGGAUAUGAGCUUUUUUUUUUGCUAAUAGAACAUACAAAAGAGGAGGUGGGGUAGCUUUGUUUAUUAGAACAGAUUUGAAAUGUAAAUUAGUUGAAGACAUGACAAUGAUUGAGGAUGGGGUCAUGGAAGUAAUAACUGUGGAAAUUAAUAAUAAUACAUCAAAAAAUAUCCUGGUUGGUUGUGUUUAUAGAGCACCUGGUGCUUGUAUUAAGACAUUCACUGAAAGAAUCAGUGAAUUGGGCGAUCACAUAAAGAACAAAACCUUGCUCUUGUGUGGAGACUUUAAUAUUAAUAUAGAGCAGCCUGCUGGACAGAAAACAAAUGAUUUCAUCAAUUCUAUGUACAGUUUAGGAUUAUUUCCGUUAAUCACCAAACCAACCAGGAUCACAGCACAUAGUGCUACUAUAAUUGAUAAUAUUUUUACAAAUAAAAAAGAUGAUGUAUUGAGGAGUGGGGUAUUGAUGGCCGAUAUUAGUGAUCAUCUGCCUGUCUUUGCAGUACUGAAAAAUAAACAAUUGAUAAAGCAAGAAACCUCAUUAAAUUACAAACGAGAUAGAUCAUUUAGAGCAUGGGAAGCGCUAAAGAAGGAUCUUGAAAUGCAGAAUUGGGAGGAAGUAUAUGUAAGGGAUGUCAACACUGCAUAUAAGUCCUUCAUGAAAAAAUUGAUGAAAUUAUAUAAUAAUAACUGUAAAUUAUUCAAAAGUAGUGGUAAAAGGGUAGAUCAACCAUGGAUGACUAAAGGAAUAAGAAAUGCAUGUGCAAAAAAAGAAACCAGCUGUAUAGGAAUUUUUUUAAAUCACAGACAAGAGUAACAGAAGACCGAUAUAAAAAAUAUAAAAAUAAAUUAAUAGCAAUAAUUAGGAAAAGGAAAAAAGAUUAUUAUGGUGAAUUAUUGGAAAAGAAUAAGGCUAAUACAAAGGCUACAUGGGGAAUAAUAAAUAGUGUGACGAACAGAAAUAAAACUACAUCUAAGGUACCAAAUUACUUUGUCAAGGACAAUGUAGACAUUUAUGAUGUAAAAGAAAUCUCUAAUGAAUUCAAUGAUUUUUUUGUAAAUGUAGGGAGGAGUUUGAUGGGUCAUGACACUUUAAUUGAAGAAAAUUUGAAUACAGUAGUAAAUAAUGUCAGUAGUAUUUUCCUUGGCAAAGUAGAAAAAGAGGAAAUACGAGAAAUUGUAAAAAACUGGAAAUAAGCGAUCAACUGAUUGUGAGGAUUUGGACAUGAUGACUGUAAAUACCAUAAUAGAAUCUGUUAUUGAUCCUUUUACUUAUAUUUGUAAUUUGUCACUUUCUACUGGAGUCUUCCCUGAUGCUAUGAAAAUAGCAAAAGUGGUUCCACUGUUUAAGAAUGGUGAUAAACAUAAUUUCACAAAUUAUAGGCCAGUGUCACUACUUCCACAGUUUUCCAAAAUACUAGAAAAAGUCUUUGCAUCACGUUUGGAUAAAUUUAUUGAAAAAAAUAUGAUUUUACAUAAUGAACAGUAUGGAUUCAGGACCCAACAUGCAACAACAAUGGCAAUAAUGGAUUUAACAGAGAAAAUAUCUGAAGCGAUAGACAAUAGAGAAUACUUUAUUAGUGUUUUUAUUGACUUAAAGAAAGCUUUUGACGUUAUCGAUCAUUCAAGGUUACUGCAAAAAUUAUAUCAGUAUGGAAUACGAGGGGUUGCUCAUCAAUGGGUUAUAAGUUAUUUAGACAACAGAAAGCAAUAUGUUCAGAUAAAUGGCAUUACAUCAGAGCUACGAAAUAUUGCUUAUGGAGUGCCACAAGGGUCAGUCCUUGGACCAAAAUUGUUCAACCUGUAUAUCAAUGAUUUGGUAAAUGUGUCUGACAAACUAGGUUCUGUUUUGUUUGCAGAUGAUACAACAUUGUUUUAUUCAGGGUCUGAUAUAAAUGAAGUAACUCAUGUGAUAAAUACUGAACUGAUAAAAGUUAAAAACUGGUUUCAUAUAAAUAAAUUAACACUUAAUCUUAAAAAAA